UUUUCUAAUAAAAAUAAAUUACGCGGAAUCUUCGAUUCAGUCGCAAAUUUGAAAUCACAUCAGAAGCAUGGAACGUUGGCAAAAUAAAAUAGCUGUCGUGACCGGAGCCAGUGCUGGAAUUGGUGCAGCCACUUGUAAGGCUCUCGCCGAAAAGGGUAUGAUUGUGGUGGGUCUAGCUAGACGGGUGGAAAAAAUGGAAACUCAAACAAGACCCCUUAUUGCCAGUGAAUAUCGAAAUAAUUUCCAUACCCGAGUCUGUGAUGUUUCCGAUGAGGAAAGUGUAAAGGCGGCAUUUGCCUGGAUUGAGGAAAAAUUCGGUGGAGUUGAUGUUUUGGUCAACAAUGCUGGCAUAUAUAAAGCGGCAUCCAUUGUUGGUCCAGAUAAUUCAGAGGCUAUAACAAGUACUGUUAACACAAAUAUUUUAGGUGUUGUUUGGUGUACGCGCGCAGCAUUCCAGAGCAUGAAGCAACGAGGCGUUGAUGGUCAUGUUGUCAUAAUUAAUAGCGUAGCCGGUCACAUUGUUCCCACUUUUGUAAAUGGUUUAAAUUUUAAUAUAUAUCCGCCUACCAAACAUGCGGUCACCGCAAUGACUGAAGUGAUGCGUCAGGAGUUUUUAUCGCAAGAAACAAAAAUUAAAGUGACAAGCAUUAGUCCCGGUGCAGUAAGAACAGAAAUCUUGGGCCAAGGUAUCGAUUUCCCUAAUGAACUUCCUGCUUUGGCUAGCGAUGAUAUAGCCGAUGCUGUUGUUUAUUGUAUACAAACUCCUCCCCAUGUUCAAAUUCAUGAAAUGAUUAUCAAGCCCAUUGGUGAAAAGGUGUAAUGUUUUAGAGUGAAGGUUUAAAUAAAAUUAUGGAAAAUUAAA